ACACCUCCAACUCUCUCUAUAAAGCCAUUCAUUCUCUCCGUUUCCCUAUUCUGUUUUUCGCUCUAGAACUUUCUUUCUCCCCCCCUCUCUCUCUCUGCGGAACAAGAGAAGAAGCUCUCUCCCCUUUUUGACACCUGGUUCAGCAAGAACCCGACGCAAAUGCAGAAAGACAUUUCCAUCUCUCCUGGCGGUAUUAAAUUCUUCUCAUCACCGGCUGGUAACCGGUCGGACGGCCUCGGUUUCCCUUCUCUCUACUCCUCCAUUUUCUCGCCAAAACCAUCCCUCUCAAACUCCGUCUCACUCACACCAUCCGAGUACUCUACCGAUGAGGAUGUCAACAACAAUAGUAACAACAACAGCACCCCAACCUCCAUAGACAACGUUCAAGCACUCGAAGUCCCAUAUUCUCCGCCGUCUCGCCUCAUAUACGAGCACCAAGACCUCAUCAACCGCCAUAACUUGUGCCUCAAUCACCUCCGUGAAACCGCUCAAGAAGCCGAAGUACUUCGUCACGAGAACUCGAAUCUCCGCAUCGCCAACAGAGAUCUCAACAAGCGAUUGAGUCUCCUGAUCCAAAAUUCUAUUCAGAACCGAUUCGUCAACUCUGAGUAUUCUUCCUCGAGGUCAAUGGCUGAUGAAUUUCGCCGUCUCGGUCUUGGAGAUGGUAACGAGACUCGUAGUUGGGAUGAUGAAAUAUCUAAUGAGAGUCCCACGAGUGUGAUCGAGAGUGACCGGGUCGAGAGGAUUGACGUGGAACGAAUUACGCUGCCAAAGAGCAUCUCCGUGAGGUCGAAUGGGUACUUGAAGAUGAGUCAACCCGGAACGAGUGAAGGUGGUCGGACUCGGAUCCCGAAUCGGCUUCGAACUACGAGCCCACUCAAUGGAACGCAAAAGGUUUACGUGCGUGGAGUCAAGAAAGAGGAGGAACCAGUGGAACUGGAGGUGUACAACCAAGGCAUGUUCAAGACUGAGUUGUGUAAUAAGUGGCAGGAGAGCGGCACUUGCCCAUAUGGCGAUCACUGCCAGUUUGCUCAUGGCAUCGAGGAACUCCGCCCGGUCAUACGCCACCCACGCUACAAGACUGAAGUCUGCCGCAUGGUCCUCGCUGGUGAUGCCUGCCCAUAUGGUCACCGCUGCCACUUUCGCCAUGCCUUAACUGAGCAGGAAAGGUUCAUGGGACAACUCCAGCCCAGGGCAAUCAAGCUGGACAGAUAAACAGUAAGAAUCGCACAUAGACUGACGGAAGAUGAUGGACCAUAAAUGAUAAUCCUGUUGCUGAGAGCACUGUGAUUGCGUAAGUAGAGAUGUUUAUAAUUCUCGUAAAAUGGUAAAUAAUACUGAUGAUGUAGUAAGUAUAAGUAUAAAUAUACAUAAGGUAAGAAUAAUAGUAUCGUAAGAUAGCUGGGUGCAUGAGGAUUACGCAUGUGGGAGGUUAUUGGUCCAGAAGGUUUGAGUUCUAGGAGAAUCAUAGAGAGGCUUUGCUCUUUUAUUAUUUCUGCAUCCUUUUCCCCUUUAAAUAUGUUGUGACAUUCGAUCCAUCAUACUUAUGUGGGGCGUUUUGCUGAUCUCAACCCGAGCGAGCAACCGAAGCAGCUCUUUGUAAUGUUCUUAUUUCAAUCCUGCAGAGUAAUCAACUUCUUCUAAUUGGACAUAUCAUUCAGUAACAAGUUCUGUCAUUUUUAAUAAAUUUUGAGACAUAUUUGAGCGUUGGUGUCGAA